GCCCACUUAGCGCGUCCUCGGUUGCCGUGGUAACCCCCGGUAGACUCACUGCAGCCGCCUGUAUUCGGAGCCAUGGAGCCUGGCGUGGUGACCGUGCUGCCGCCCCUGCUGCCGCGCACUAGGCUGCAAUUUCCUGCAAUUCCCACAUCAAGAAGUGAUCAAGAAGACACAUCUAAUAUAUAUUCUUUUGUCCAACCCGGCAUCAACAAAAAUCUUUUAAAUUCAGCAAUUGGUAAUCUUUCUACCUGGCCGGCAUACGGAGCAGGACAGACCAUCACUCAGAAGCACAAACCAUGUUCAGAAUCUGAUACACGCGGUACCAGGUCAGGCAAAGAAAAUGUCACCGUGUCCAAGCCACGGUAUCUGGAAAAACUUGAGUCCUACUUGAGAAGAGAACUUCAAUCUCUGGAUUCAGCCAAAGUAAUUUCUCAGGAACUAAGGUUACAGCCGUACAGAGAUGUCUUUGAUUAUUUCAUGGAGGAUUUUAAGACUUACAAACCAUUGCUUUGCGCCAUUAAAAAUGAGUAUGAGGUCACUCUCGCUCACCAAAGAGAACGGAUCCGAUCACUGGAGCCCUUGAAGGCCAUGCUUGUUUCUGUUUCUGAACGAUGUGACAAGAAGAUUCAGGAAAUUUAUGAAAAAGAAAGACUUGAAGUAAAAACUCUACAAAUGGAAAAACUUAGUCUUUUACAAGUGAUUGAUAAACUAAAAGAAGAGAAGAUCUCUUUACAGGCUCAGGUCUCCAAACUGCAGGAAGAGAUCGAAAAGACAUAUCUAAUGUACAGGAAUGAGUGUGAUGCCCGUAAACUUCUUAUAUCUGAUAUAAAUGAGCUGAAGCAUCAACAAGAAGACCUUAAGCUAUCCCAAGAUCCUAAAGUGCAGGGGGAAGACCCAGUGACCUUAGCUGUGGCAUUACGAAUGGCUCGUAGUGAUCUCACAAAAACUCAAGUGCUGCUGAACACAUUAAAAGCCGACUAUGGAGAUGUUGUUCCCAGAAGAGACUUUGAGAAUCAGGAAAAAAAUCUAGCUGCAUGUGUAGAAAAGAUAGAAACCCUGCAGAAGGACUUUGCCCAAUUACAGAGGGAACACAAGUCCCUUCUAGAGAUCAACCAAGAAGUUGUACAGCAACGUGAUUCUUUCUGCAGGGAGGUGGAUGACCUUCAGAGAAGUCUAUCCCCCAGGCCACUAUGGGAGAAAUGUGUAGAUAUCUUGCCUGAGGUCUUUCAGCGAUGGUCAGAAUCAUCAGAAGGAAAGAGUAGUGAUCAGCUGGUGGAUGUGUUACUGACAGAACUGGGCAGAAAAAUUCUCAAAGAAAAAGAUUUCUUUCCAGGAAUGGGAACUGGAAAUAACGUUCCCAUCCACCUGCGCCAUGAAGGACCAGUCAGGAAUUUAAAAUUAAAAAUAAAAGAAGUAUACAGUUUGAUAAAGGAAAUCUGGAAAGAGAAAUUUGCCUUAGAUCUGCAGAAGGGUAGACAAUCGUCUCUUUCUGAAUUUAUGAUAAACCAUCUACAGAAGAAGUUUGGCGAGGCUUCAUUUGAGUGGUCAUAUACUUUGCACCAGACAUGUCGGAUUCACUUAAUAAAUGAGCAAAUCCAUUCCUUUUAUAAAGUACUUAUGGGUCAGAUGGAUGAAGAUUUGUAUUAUGCUUUGUUUCAUGUGCGCACAAACCUUCUGAAGGAGCUUACCGCCACCGACAGCUCAAAUGUUGGUUCACUGACACAGGAGCAGUUCAGAUUCCAACUCAGAAAAGCCUUUCCCUCUAAAAGUUCAGAUGACAUUCAGGAACUUUUGGACGCUGCAGAUUCCCAGCUGAAGCCAGAGGAUGAAAACCUUCAUUACAAGUCUUUAUUUAGUGAGGAUGAAGAGGGUAAUCCUAGUCAUUUUAUUGCAAUACUCAGAAAUCAAUUUUCUGCCGAGAGAAAGCAAUAUCUGAAAGAAUUGAGAAAUAAACUUAGAAACAGUAAUGUUAAACCCGAAGAACUUAAGGCAGCAUUUUUGUCUGUGGAUCCUGCCAUUGAUGACAAAACAUUAGAUAAAUAUCUUACUCGGGCCUUCCAAUUGACCAAGGAUCAACUAGAAGUGACAAAGCCAUUGCCUCUCAAACAGCUAUUUCACAAUCUGGAGGCUGUAAACCUAAGGAAAACUGGACCUGUAGCUCAAGUCUAAAUAGGUCACAUAUGAGAUGUUAAAGAUUUUGGAACAUAUUCAGCAUAGCUAUACAUUACCUGUAACUAAGCGCUUAGACAUGGGCCUCUCCAGUUAUUGCAAAACUAUAAUUCCCGCAAUACCUAAUUCCGAGAGGCUGGGAGUUGCAAUUCUGCAACUGGUGGAGAAUCUUAAACGACACCUCCAGCAAAAUACAACUUAUCCCCUAUCCACAGGAUAGGGAAUAAGUGUCUGAUCGCAGGGAGUCCAACCGCUGGGGCCCCCCUGCAAUCUCCCAAACAGGGUCCCCCGCAUUUACAUGAGCGGCUCGUCAACCUCUGAGGUAGACGGUACGCCCCCUACGGUUCUAUGGGGGGGAGGCACGAACGCUGCCUCCCCACCUCUCUCAUAGAGAUAUAUGGAGGAGGUGUGUCAGCCACGACGUCACGCAGCGGACGGCAUGCCUCCUGCACGGGAGAGCCGGGGCCCCGUGCAGAAGAUCGCAAGGGGUCCCAGCGGUCGGACCCCUCGUGAUCAGACACUUAUCCUGUGGAUAGGGGAUAAGUUCUCUUUUGCUGCAGAUGUCCUUUAAAAGAUAAAAAAUGAAAACUAAAACUGAGUCAGUGUCAAAAAUAAAUAAGUCACUCACCUGCUCUGACCCUGACCUCCCUCCCCAAUCUGCUACUGUCUGACUGCUCCUGCUCCCAGUGCUGCUUCCUUUGACAGGAACUGUCCAUUCAGUUGGUGGGUCACUAAUCUGGUCAGUGAUUGACCGAACCACCUCCCAUAGACAUGAAUGGAGGAAGCGUGGAGUGACGUCACAUCCCCGUCUCGGAAGCAGCGCCUGCAGAGAUCAUGGGGGGACCCCUGCGAUCAAACAUCUUAUCCCUUAUCCUUUGGAUAGGAGAUAAAAUGUAUAAACCCGGAAUAUCUCAUUAAUAUGGGUGCAGAAAUGUGCUUGCAUCAAGUUUGUGUCAUUUAGUACAUUAUCUAUUUUUAUAUAAAUAACUUUUUUUUUUUGUAGAACAGUGCAACCAUAGUAAGUCCAUAGUAAUUAGUAAAUGUUAGAUCGGUGUAGUGGGUUGACUGCUAAGAACUUACAGAUUGCUACAAUGGGAAGUCCUCUCCUUCCCAGCAUGUUUGCAUGGAGUGAUGGUCUAGCAAAUGUUUGCUGCUCAAUUCAGAGCCCAUUCUACCAGUUAAUAUGGAGGGAGGGGUCCCAGUGAUUACACUAGUACCGAUCUAACAUUACUUAUCCAGUAAUUAGGUGGUAUAGGCUUUGAAGUUCUGAACUCUAAACCAACACACCUUCUCUAUUUCUAAUGGACUUAAGUUUGCUUGAUCUAUUUUAUAUUAGAUCCAAACAAAACAUCAUAGACCCCAUUUAUGUACAGUCAUGGCUGUAAAUGUUGGCACCCCUGA